UCCAAAGGAGAUACACAGUUAACCUAAUGGUAAACAUUAUCUUUUCAAUUAAUACAAUUUUGUAAUGAGUCAAGAUUCAUGCAUUACAAACCAUUCCUAGCUGUGUCGUUGUGUGUCUUUUAUACGUCAUCUUCCCGAGCCUCGCGCAACAGAACGCAUUUUGAUCGCAAUCUGGAAAUAAGCAGGACAAUCCAACAUCAGACUUUGAAUGGAACUCACCUUUACUGUAUACUCGAAAAUACGCACUUUAACCCGCGCGGCACCCACUAGUGAACAGUAGUUUUAUGGGGGGUUUCGGUUAUAUUCUAAUCCUGGUAAACGCUCCACCCAUCACAUCACAUAAGAAGAGGAAGAAUCGUUAAACGUGACGAAGACACGCUUCUAAACAAGCAGGAAUAACUCAACAGGAAUAAUGUGUAGCAACUGAAAUCCGUGUUACACUGUCAAGCAAAUGGAGUUUAUUAAAGAGGAGAGUGAAAACAUUAGUUGUACAGAAGCAUGCAGAGUGAAAAAUGAAGAUGCAACGAAACAAGGAGACUUGAAGGAACUGAAAGAAGAAAGUGAAGUGGGGGAGAAACAUCAGUAUCAGAAACCUCAUAAUUUCACAGCUGGAGAAAAAUCCAUUGGCCUCUCACAGACUGCAAAUAAUUUUUCACAAGAAACAGGAGCCAAAAAUUCUUUCACUUGCCCUCAGUGUGGAAAGAGUUUCAGCAAGAAAGGCAACCUUGAUAGGCACAUGAGAAUUCACACUGGAGAGAAGCCUUUUACAUGCCCUCAGUGUGGAAAGAGUUUCAGGAGUAAAGGAACCCUUAAUCUACACAUUAGAAUUCACACCGGAGAGAAGCCUUUUACGUGCCAUCAGUGUGGAAAGAGUUUCAGCAGUAAAGGAAUUGUUGAAGUGCACAUGAGAAUUCACACUGGAGAGAAGCCUUUUACAUGCCAUCAGUGUGGAAAAAGUUUCCGCUUUAGGGAAAACCUUCGUAAGCACAUCAAAAUUCACACUGGAGAGAAGCCUUUCAUGUGCCAUCAAUGUGGGAAGAGAUUCAGAUCUCAAGGAAUGCUUGGUGUGCACAUGAGAAUUCACACUGGAGAGAAGCCUUUCACAUGCCCUCAGUGUGAAAGGAGUUUCCGCUUUAGAGAAAACCUUCAUAAGCACAUCAGAAUUCACACUGGAGAGAAGCCUUUUAUGUGCCUUCAGUGUGGGAAGAAAUUCAGAUCUCAAGGAGAACUUGAAAUGCACAUGAGAAUUCACACUGGAGACAAGCCUUUUACAUGCUCUCAAUGUGGAAAGAGUUUCUGCAGUAAAGGUAGCCUUGGUAAGCACAUGAUAAUUCACACUGGAGAGAAGCCUUUCACCUGCUCUCAGUGUGGAAAGAGUUUCAGAUCUAAAGAAAACCAUGAUGGGCACAUGAAAAUUCACACUGGAGAGAGACCUUUUACAUGCAUGCAGUGUGGGAAGGGUUACUCACGUAUUGGAGACCUUAAUAGGCACAUGAAAGUUCACGCUGCAGCAAACCCUUUCACCUGCCCUCAGUGUGGAAAAAGUUUUACAGAGAAAACAACUUUUACAAGUCACAUGAGAAUUCACACUGGAGAGAAGCCUUUUACAUGCGAUUGGUGUGGGACGAGUUUCAGACGUAAAGGAGAACUUCGCUUGCACAUCAGAAUUCACACUGGAGAGAAACCUUAUGCAUGCCAUCAUUGUGGAAAGAGUUUCAUAACUAAAUGGCAACUUAAAACUCACAUUAGAAUUCACAGUGGAGAGAAGCCUUUUACAUGCCUCCAGUGUGGAAAGAGUUUUAGAUAUAAAGAAACCUUUAAUAUGCACAUGAAAAUUCACACUGGAGAGAACCUUUUUACAUGCCUCCAGUGUGGGAAAUGUUUCGCACGUAAAAGCAACUUUAAUACUCACCUGAGAAUUCACGCUGGAAAGAAGCCUUUCUCAUGCCAUCAGUGUGGGAAGAUCUUCAGACAUGCAAGCAGUAUCAAAACUCAUCCUUGUUCUCACUCUGAAGAAAAGUCAAUUAACAGUGAUCAGAGUGGUACAAAUUUUACUUCUGCAUCAGCCCUAAAGACACAUCUGAAAAUUCACGAUAAUGAGGAGCGUUCCUUGUGUUCUCAUGAAGAAAAGAGUUUUAAAGAGCAGCAGAAAAAACAUAUUUCUGGGAGAGCUCAUGUUUGCUUAGAUUGCGGGAAGGCCUUUUCUAGAAAAACUAAUUUGGAACGGCACAAAAGAAUCCAUACUGGUGAAAGACCAUUCAAGUGUUUAAUAUGUGGAAAGAGUUUCACUCAUUCAGAAAGGCUGAAAAUACACAAUAGCGUGCAUACUGGAGUGAAGCUAUACCACUGCACUUCAUGUGGAAAUGGUUUCAACCAAUCAUAUACUUUAAAGAUUCAUAGAAAAAAACAUUGCCCAAAGUUGCAAAGUAAGCAGACUGUAAAUGUAAAUGAUGUGUCAUUAAUAUGAAAUUAGAGGGAAAAAAACAGCAUUUUAUCUAAAGAGCAAUAAUCUAAGAGGGUAAUUUGCUACACUGCAUUACCUGUAGUGAUCAAGGAGUCAUCAAUGUGACAUUUCUAGUCAUUAAACCAAAUUAAUAGUAAACAAAGGAUUGAAUUUGAGUUUUAAAAAGCAACCUCUGUGUCCGUGACUUUAAUAUAGCAAAUAGAGUUUUACUUUGUUUUGUUUUUUGUUUGUUUGUUUCAUAUUUUCUUGAUGUUUACUCAUUUUGCUAUAUUUUUAAAUAAUUUUUACUUAUACAUUUUCAUAAUAUAUUCUUUUGGGCAGUUCCAGCAUUUUGAACGUGACAUUUGCAGUGAAAACCUGAAAUUACAUUAAUAUAUAAAGUACUCAUUGCCAGUAUAUCAAAUCAUUUCUAUGUAUGAUCAUAGACCCCUGCAGAUAGAGUCCAGACAUGAUAAAAGUUUCAGUUUGGACAAAUCUUUAUUUAUUUAUUUUUUAUUUUUAUCAGGAAAUGAACUUGCCUUACAGACGUGAUAUAUUUUUAGAGACUUUAUAAAAACUCUGAAUAGAAUAAGACUGUGAAUAGAAAUGCACAAUCCAGAAAUAAUUAUGUUUAUCAUUUAACAAUUAAAAUCGCAAAGUUUGUCAACAAGAUCCCUUCCCAAAUAUUGGUAAAAGAUGCAGAAAGCUUGAAAUAUGUAACAGAGGAAAGCAAUAGUCAGCUAUCUCAGUAUCAUCAUGAUAAAAAACACAAAAAAAACAAGCGGGUGGAUGUUUGAUUCUCUCAUUGAUUUUCAUUUGAUUUGACAUGAAGUGCCCAUAACUGUCACGUCUGUAACACAUUAUUAUGAGGGUUUAAAGUAAAGAAGGGAUACCAUUUGUUCAUCAUACUUAACAUUAACAAAAGUAAGCUGUACAGAAAGUAUCCACUGAUUUUAAUCAAAAUAGUUUGAGUGAUAUAACCUUACCUCUAAAACAUUACGGACGUGACAACAUAAAUGUGGUGCUUAUAAUUUUGAAAAGAAGCACGGUGCAUUAGUAGUAGAGCUGGGAAUUGUCACAGACCUCCCGAUUUGAUAUUCCAAUGACAUUUCCAAGUCGAUUUGAUAUGUAUCACGAUAUUGCGAUUCUGUAAGUAUUGUGAUUUGAUGUUUUGAUAUAAAAACUUAAUAAAAAGAAACUUUAACUCCUUUUUCUCAGAAAGAAAUGUCUAUUGAAGAACAGUAGUAGCUGAAAUGACAAUUGUUUCACUCUGCAAUACACAGGGUUGGGAGGGUUACUUUUGAAAUGUAUUCCACUACAGACUACAGAAUACAUGCUGUAAAAUGUAAUUUGUAACGUAUUCCGUUAGAUUACUCAAGGUCAGUAAUGUAUUCUAAAUACUUUGGAUUACUUCUUCAGCACUGGUAGAUUUUUUCACUUGUUUUGACAAUAAAAACUCUGCCAGUACAGUAAGACAAAAUACACAUGUUAAAAAUACAUUCUCUGAAGAACCUAAAUAUCUUAUGCAGUGUUGUUUCUAAAACAAGAUCAAAUUGAUCUUGUUUUAAGGAAUUUUAGAUAUUUUUACAGGAAUACAAUACAAAAAUUAUCAAGAAUACAGUUUUUCCCCUAAUAUCAAAGGUCUUACUAGAAAAAAGAAAUUAUGAUCCAACGUGAAUUUUCUUGAUAAAAAAAAUAUGAUCGUGCCUGGUAACGUGCAUGUAAAAUGGCUAGAAAUAGCAUUUUAGCUUAGUGUAAAGCUGACAAUUUACACAAGGUUUAUUUCUAUUUCUUCUGCUCUAAACUUACUUCAGACUUACUUACUGUCUGCUCGUAUGAAUGUAACACAUCAUAAGAAAGUGUUUCACUGCUGUUCAAAUGCACUUUGGAUCGCAUCAUUUAUAUGUAUAAAUGUUUUCCAUCUGAAAGGACUAAAUAUUAAAUGAAACAAAUGACAAUAAAAUGCAAAGUAAUCUCUUCAGUAAUCAGAAUACUUUUUGAAUGUAACUGUAUCCUAAUUACUAAUGAUUUAAAUUG